AUGGAAACAUUAGAUUAUAGAUGGAAUGAUAAAAUUGAAAACUUUAACUUGAAAAUAAAUAAAUUGAGAAAUGAAAUAAAUGAUUUCAAGAAAAAUUCUAUUAAUGCUUACUCUUUAAAAAAUAAAAAUGUGUACUUUUCUAAACUGAAUAAUAAUGUAAAAAGGAGGGAAUUAAUAAAUAUAAAUAAUUAUGAAGUAAGAAAUUAUUUAAAUAAAACAAAUAAUACUACAUAUAUUCUAAAAGACGAUAAAAAUAGUAAGAUGGUUAAUGUUAUUUUUCCUACAUCUAAAAACACAUCCAAUAAAAUUAUUAAAACUAAUGAUAGAAAGUUUUGUGAAAACAAAAGUUUAACAAAAUUUAAUUUAAGAAAUAAAAGAAAAAAUGAAAAAGUUAUUAAAAUUAAUGAAAAGAGAUGGUUAAUUGCAACAAAACAUGCCAAAGUUAAAAAACUAGAUACUACAGAAAAAGAGAAUUUGGAAAAUAAAAAAAGUGGAAAAAAUAGAUUUUUGUAUUUAGAAGGAGAAGAAGGAAAUUUGCAUGUGUAUCCGGUUUACUCUGACUCCGAAGUUGGUUUUGAAAGUAUAUCACAAAUAGAGGAUGAAAGUUUAUCAAAAAUAAAAAAAGAAAAUCAGGAUGAUGAUGAUAUAGAAACUACAAAACAUCUAGCUCAGUGGAGUUCCGAUUUAGUGCAUAAAUAUCUUUUAGAAGCUAUUGAAAAUACUAAAUUGAUUUUUAAAUGUUCAAAUGUAAAAUGUCGACAUGAAGAAAUAUUUAAAAGAAUACAAUCAUAG